ACACACACCUCUCUCUCUUCUUUUUCUUUCUUUUUCUCUCUCACUCUCACUCAUUUUCCUUUUUAUUAUCACAAUAUAAUAAAUUCAAUAAUAUAAUUAUAAUUAUUAUUAUAAUUGUUUUUCUCUCUUUCUCUUGUUGAGGGUGGAGGUUGAUCUCGGGGAGUUACAUUUCAUUUCAUAGAGUGAGUGAGUUAACGAAACGUGGGGCUGUGAGUUUGUGAGUGUGACAGACAGGGCGGUGAUGAUUCUAAUUCCAAUUCCAAUCUGAUACUUCUAUAUGCCGCAUCGCAUCAAUGGAAUACGAUGCUAUCCCUCAAGAGGCAAUGUGGCAAAUGAGCUUGAGGCCAAGUGAAACAAUGGAAUCAGGACCGUAUCCGGAGCAUCCAGGAGAACCCGAUUGUUCAUAUUACAUCAGAACCGGCCUUUGUAGAUUUGGAGCAACAUGUCGCUUUAAUCAUCCUCCUAACAGGAAGCUGGCUAUUGCCACUGCACGGAUGAAAGGCGAGUUCCCAGAAAGGUUAGGGCAGCCAGAAUGUCAGUACUAUCUGAAAACAGGAACUUGCAAAUUUGGAGCCACAUGCAGGUUUCAUCAUCCUAAAGACAAGGCUGGGGUUGCUGGAAGAGUUGCCUUGAAUAUUUUAGGCUAUCCACUCCGCCCAAAUGAGUCUGAAUGUGCUUAUUAUUUAAGAACUGGUCAAUGCAAAUUUGGGAACACUUGUAAAUUUCAUCAUCCUCAACCAAGUAAUAUGGUACUUCCAAUGAGGGGUUCCCCUGUUUAUCCUACUGUCCAGUCUCCAACUACAGCAGGUCAGCAGUCAUAUGCGGCAGGAAUUACAAAUUGGUCUACUUCAUCAUAUAUUCCCAGUCCAAGGUGGCAAGGUCCCUCAAGUUAUGCACCUUUAAUUCUACCUCAAGGAGUGGUUUCAGUGCCUGGGUGGAGUACAUACAAUGGUCAAAUGGGAUCAGACAGUCCACAACAAACAAUGAGAAAUGAUCAAACCUAUGGAACUUCUCACCAAGGUGAUCCAGAAAAUGCAGGACUCCAAGGGGUAUAUUCUCAAUACCGUUCUGGCUCUGUUCCAGUUGGAUUCUAUGCUUUGCAAAGGGAGAACAUUUUUCCAGAGAGACCCGAUCAGCCUGAAUGCCAAUUCUACAUGAAGACUGGGGAUUGCAAGUUCGGUGCUGUCUGUCGUUUUCACCAUCCACGCGAGAGGACGAUUCCUGCCCCUGAUUGUGUUUUGAGUCCCCUUGGCCUUCCUUUGCGUCCUGGAGAACCACUUUGUGUAUUCUAUUCGCGGUAUGGCAUAUGCAAAUUUGGCCCGAGCUGCAAGUUUGACCAUCCAAUGGGAAUCUUCACCUAUAAUGUAUCCGCAUCACCUUUAGCUGAAGCUGCAGGACGGCGUCUGCUAGGUUCUUCAUCAGGAACUGCUGCAUUAAGUUUAUCAUCAGAAGGACUUGUUGAGUCGGGCUCAGUAAAGCCAAGGAGGCUUUCAUUAUCAGAGACUAGACCGAAUCCUUCCGGUGAUGAUGACAUUGAUGAUGAGGGAUAACGUUGUCUCUUGGAAAUGGGCUAUCUGCGUUUUACAAUUUUUUUCUUAGGGGAGAAAGCGUAAUCUGUGAAUUGAUUUCCCCAUUGCUGGAGAUGUACAGAGUUCCAAACACAGAGUUCAUGUCAAAAUGAUUCUGUCAAUCUACUAUUGAAUGCAGUUGGCAAAUCCAGUCGUUCUGGAUUUCAUGCUGCGAAAUUGUAUAAAUUUCAUAAAUAUUUGUCACAUUUGGUCAAAAUCCAAUGUGAACAUUUCUUCAGUUCUUAAGCCAAUCUAUCUAUUGAAAAUACUCUCCAGUGUAAAAAUUAUCUUUCUGGAAAUAUAUAAUAAAUAAAUGUUUGGCUCC